AUGGAUCCCGUGGCCAGCAGCUGCAUGAGGAGCCCCCACCCCCCGGCCCCCGUCUGGGGCUGCCUCCGAAAUCCCCACUCCGAAGGCAGUGGGGCCUCAGGGCUACCCCACUACCCGCCAACCCCGUUCUCCUUCCACCAGAAACCAGACUUCCCGGCGACGGCGACCGCAGCGUACCCCGACUUCUCGGCCUCCUGCCUGGCGGCCACCCCACACAGCCUGCCCCAGGAGGAGCGGGUCUUCAGCGAGCAGCACCCCGCCUUCCCACAGCCCCCCGACUGGCACUUCCCUGUCUCAGAGGCCCGGCGUAGGCUCAACCCGGGCCCAACUGGGGGCUCCAGGGAGCUGGGGGCCAGCAGCCCAGGCCUGGUGGACGCCACGGGAGGCCCAGGAGAGGACUAUGAGGUCCUUGGGAGCACUGCCAAUGAGACGGAGAAGAAGUCAACCAGACGGAGGAAGGAUAGUGCAGACAACCAGGAGAACCGCGGAAAAGCGGAGGGCGGCGGCAAGGCCCGCAAGGAGAGGACGGCAUUCACCAAGGAGCAGCUGCGGGAGCUGGAGGCCGAGUUUGCUCACCACAACUACCUGACCCGGCUCCGGAGAUACGAGAUCGCGGUGAACCUGGAUCUGUCCGAGAGGCAGGUCAAAGUGUGGUUCCAGAACCGAAGGAUGAAGUGGAAGCGUGUGAAGGGGGGUCAGCCCAUCUCCCCUCAUGGGCAGGACCCCGAGGAUGGGGACUCUGCAGCUUCUCCGAGUUCAGAGUGAGAUUCUCCAUGGACAAUAAAAGACUGAGGACUGAGCCCCUACCCAA